AUGCCAUCUGGAGCAGUUCAACAACCUACAUCAAGUCUUUCGAGUGGAAGAUUUUCAUCAAAUAAUCUACCUACUGCUCUGUCACAGCUAUCUCAUGGAAGCUCUCACGGACAUUCAGGAGUCAACAGUAGAAGAGGAUUGAGAGUAUCCCCAAUUUUGGGAAAUGCAGGUCCGAGGAUAACAAGUUCGAUGGGAAGCAUGGUUGCUUGGGGAAACAUUGGGAGGAUAAGCUCUGUAGGAUUGUCCAUUCCUGGUCUUGCUUCACGUCUAAAUUUAAAUGGAAGCAGCGGAUCUGGUGGCUUAGGCGUGCAAGAACAAAAUCGAUUGAUGAGUGGCGUGCUUCCUCAAGAUGAGAUGACAUAUGUGAAUCUUCUAUUGAAUCCUGAAAGAUAUACCGGUUACACUGGUCCAUCUGCAAGAAGGAUAUGGGAUGCUGUCUACUCUUAG